AUGUCCCUCGAGCAGUUAAAAUGGCUUCGGACCAGACUGCAGGACGAUGACUCGAGCAAGACAAGCUACGAUCCCUCAUCGCCAGAAGUCUACGAAGCAGUUGCGAAAAGCUCUUUCUAUCGCCUGCCUCUAGAAUUGCGGUGGAAAAUUCUCAUUCUCGCAUUCGGAAACCACACUCUUCAUUUCGGGCUCAUGGACCCCAAUGGAGAACAAGAUAAGAUUUUCAGUGACUGCGAGCCUCGAGCUUUGAGAUGGUGGAGCGGCAUUUGUAUGCGCGAUCCAAGUCUGUCUCCAUUCGAAAACAAUUGCCUCGGCCAUCCAAACUACAAGUCUACGGAGGAUAUUGGUGUGAUGGGCUGGCUACGCAGCUGCCGGUUAGGAUAUACUGAGGGUAUUAACGUACUUUACUCGACCAACACAUUUCAUAUUCGCAAUCGAAUGCUGAUAGAAAACUUGGAUGUACUUCUUCCAUCAAAAUACCUCACUCGCAUCCGGUCUCUGGAAUUAUGCGGAGAUUGUUUCCCUUCACUACGGAAGCUUUAUUUCUCUAUCGAUUCCUACGAUGUAGGCGCCUUUUUAGAUUUUGGCGAACCGGAAGGUGAUUCCAUCGAGCCUUUGAUUGAUGUUAUGGAAAAGUCUCUCGGCAUAGUCGAGGAGGUUGUGUUUCAGAAACAUCAUAGUCUCGAGGUUGAAGUUGCAUUGUCGGCACGAGUCCUGAGCGAGCUCCGAAAACGAGGGUCGGGUGUGAUUGCUCCACAGUAUCCGGGACUUUCUGUACUGCAGGGCAGGGAUGAUAGCAAGUCAAUGGUGACAUGA